AUGACUAGUCGACCCAGUGCUAGGCAAAGAAGAGGCGCUUCGCAUAAGGAUAGUACAACAGAAGCUGGUGAGAAACCAUCUGAUUUUGUGGCUUUGAUUGCCAAGCAAAGUUUACCCAAAACUCGUCAGAUGCAUUUUGAACGUCUUGUUGCAGCAACUGCAAUUAAUAGUUCAAAUACGGCAACAUUCCUUGCUCAAGUUAAAAAAAACCGUGUCCCAGUUCCGCUAUUUGAGAAAAAGCGUGUAAAAUUAAGUUCAAAAGCAACUGAAGAUACUGACUAUUUGCCUGCAACAUAUGCCAGUUUUAAUCGUGAAGACUAUAUCAUUAUCCAAGCGCCAACCAAGGAAAAUACAGUUGAUUUCUGGCGAAUGGUCUGGCAGGAUGGCUGCAAGCUGAUCGUUUGCGUUGUGGAGCAAUCUCAGAUGACAGUGGAGGAUGAUGCGGAAAAGUGUUAUCAGUACUGGCCAACGAAACCGGAUGCAAAAAUGGAGAUUGGUCAAAAGCGCUUUACAGUAAAGUUAGUUAAAAAGAAAGAAGAAAAAGGCUUCAUAAUCUAUGAUGUUGCACUCUCAGCGCAUUUGGAUGCUGAUGUUACCUGUGGAAAAGUAGCUCCAAAAGAGGAUGGCUCUGUGGACACCGGUGCUGGUGACGACGACAGCAAACCAAAACAUAUAGUAAUAUUUCAUAUAACUAACUGGUCAAAUAAUAUAUGGCCAGAUCUGGACCAAUUGGGACCAUUUAUUAAAAUUCUUGCAAGUAAAGAGAUACAAAUCAUUAAACGAGCAGCCGAUGAUUACAUUCCACCAGUUGUGCUUCAAGGUUUUGCUGGUUUAAACAGGACAUGUGUUGUAUGGGUAGCAACUAUUCUUAUGAAGCAGAUUGAACGCCGAGAAUGCUUUGACGUGGAAUAUUUGGCGAGGCAUUUAGUACGUAUUCGUCCCGGCGCAUUUUCCAACCCGAUGUCAUUUUUUGUCCUUUUUGGACUCGCUUUUCGUAUUGCUUCAUUGGGUGGUUGGAGUGCUUAUGAGGAUGCAAAGGAUCGCAUCAAAGAAAUAAAGGCAAGCGCAUUAGCCACAAUGAAAGCUAGAGAAAAACAAUAA